AAGACAUCGCAAUCUGUUUGAAAAAAAUCUAUCAAACUAUAAAAUCCAUACCGUUAUUAUUGAUACAACCAACGCAUAUAAUCCAACACAUACUAGUUCCACGAUGUCAUUCACAGUCAAGACAUCGCUACUUGAGAACUCAGACGGUUCAGCACAGUUAAUAACGGGAGAUAUCAAAUUAAUAGCGUCAGUAUCUGGACCCAUCGAACCUAAACCAAGACAAGAAUUACCUAAUGUUGCAAGUUUAGAAAUUGUAAUUCGACCAGCAGUAGGAUUAAGUGGGACCAGAGAGAAAGCUUUAGAAGAUAAAUUAAGAUCUCUCUUACAAGCCGUCAUAGUGAGAUAUAAAUAUCCUCGACAAUUAAUUCAAGUUGUGAUUCAAUUUUUAUCAACUCCUUUGACGAAAUAUCAAGGUGGAGCUUAUUCCAAUCAUAAAGAUGAAGUUGAAUAUAGUAAUAUUGAAUUGAAUGCCGCUAUAAAUGGGUGUUAUUUCGCCUUGGUGGAUGCUGGUAUCGCAUUAUAUAGUUCAUUUGCAUCAGUAUGUAUCAGUUUAACUGAAGAUCAUCAAACUAUAGAUGAAGAACCCGAAUAUAUCAUCGAUCCAAAUUUAAAACAAUUACAUAAAAGUGAUAGUCAUCAUGUGAUAUGUUUCAAUAUUGAAGAUAAGAAAGCUAAUAAGAUCCUUUUGCUUGAAAGUUUAGGAGAUUUCACUGAAGAACAAUUGUUUACCGUCAUAAGUAAAGCGGUUACCCAAUGUGAAUUGAUUCAUAAUGAUUAUCAAAGAAAAUAUAUUACAGAAAAGAUUGAUAAUGAUUACGUUUGGAAAGCUUAGCUUAGAAUGAUAGAAUAAUCUCAUGCAUAGAUAUAUAUGUAUUGUUGUAUAAUAGUAAAGAAUAAAUAACAUAGAAAUAUAAUAAGAAUGUAUAAUAAAAAAUAGCUAAAAAU